AUGCCAGUACACGAUAAUUACCAGAUAUCUGACUCAGAGUUAUCUUCAAUCUCAGAUUCACCAAGUGAAGACCAUGCUAUCCAUCCUCGCCAGUAUCGUUCAAAUUAUGAAGAUAAUAGUAGCAAUGAAAGAGAUACACAUAUAAAUAAUAGCAAUUUACAUGCUACCAUUUCAAAUCGUAAUAAAAAUGCACAACUUUUGACCACAACAUCAUCAUACCCAAGUAAAAUCCAUACUACUAUGUCAAGGACUACAACAAGAGAAUUAUCAGAUAAUGACUCUCUUUCUUUCAAUCAAUACGCUGAUGACAAUGAUGGUACUCCUGUAGAAGUUACUACUGCUCCAUAUACCCUACUGUCAUACCCAAUGAAAUGGGCAAUGGUGGCCAUCUUAACCAUGUGUGGGUUUUGGUCAUCUUUAGGUUCUCCUAUCUAUUAUCCUGCUCUAAGACAACUAGAGAAGCAAUUCCAUUUGGAUGAAGAUAAAGUUAAUGUCACUGUCGUUGUAUAUCUGUUGUUUCAAGGUAUUGCUCCAACUGUCUCUGGUGGGUUGGCCGAUGUCUAUGGUAGAAGACCUGUCAUCUUAUUAGGUAUGCUAGUUUACGUAGUUGCCUCGAUUGGGUUAGCCAGAGCACCAUCAUAUGGUGUCAUUGUCUUUCUAAGAUGUAUUCAAUCCAUCGGGAUCUCACCUACUAUCGCCAUUUCGUCUGGUGUUGUAGGUGAUUACACUUUAAAACACGAAAGAGGUACUUUUGUAGGAGCCACAUCUGGGUUUGUCCUAAUUGGUCAAGGUAUUGGUCCUUUACUUGGUGCAGUUAUUGCUGCUCGUUGGAAUUGGAGAGCUAUCUUUUGGUUUUUAACUAUUGGUUGUGGUACUUCAUUCGCCAUAGCUUUUUUCCUUUUACCAGAGACUAAACGUACACUAGUAGGCAAUCUAUCAAUCAAACCACCUCGUUUAAUCAACAGAAAUCCUCUAUUCUUACUACCAUCUGUACAGAAAAGAUUCCACUAUGAUAAUCCAGAUUAUGAGACCUUAGACCACAAAAUUCCAUCAUUGGAUUUGACUGGUGCAAUGAAAAUCACUUCAAGACCUGAAAUCCUUUUAUCUUUGUUUCCAGCUGGUUUACAAUUUGCCAUGUGGACUCUAAUGUUAUCUUCUAUUGCUAAUGAAUUAGCUCUACCCCCCUAUAAGUAUCAUUUAACCAUUAUUGGUGUCUGUUAUUUACCUGCUGGUAUUGGUGGUCUUUGUGGUUCCUUUUUUACAGGUCGAAUCAUCGACGUUUAUUAUAAACGUGCCUUAGCACGUUUUGAAAGAGACAAAGCUAACGGUACGAUCCCAAAGGAUACAGUAUUCAACACUUUCCGAGUACGUCUAAUGUGUGUCCUUCCUCAAAAUUUUAUUGCAGUGGCAUCCUUCAUUCUGUUUGGUUGGUCUGUUGACAAAGGUUGGCACAUUGUGGUUCCUUUAAUCACCUCUUGCAUCUCUUCAUAUUGUGCAAUGAGUACACUAUCCACAAUGACUACAUUAUUGGUAGAUUUGUACCCAGGGAAAUCUUCCACUGCGUCAAGUUGUUUCAACUUCGUUAGAUGUUCUCUAUCUACUAUCUUCAUGGGUUGUUUUGCUAAAAUGAAGCAAUCAAUGACUGUUGGUGGUACUUUCUCAUUUUUAACUGCAUUAUUAUUAUGUGCCAAUUUCCUUACUUUUAUUCCAAUGAUGUAUGGGAUGCAAUGGAGAGCAAAGAGACAACGUCGUGAAGAAUUGAAACAACAAGAAAAGGAGGAGCUUUCUGUUGAGGUAGUUUACGAAAAGAAAUAA